AUGGAGGGUGCCAGGCCCUUCGCCCUGGACUGGUACGGCCGAUCGCUCCGGCUGACGCCAGGGGCUGGUUGGAAGGUGUGGCUUGGUGAGCUCUGGCUACUGUUGCUGACUUCUGGCUUGAGCGCGGAUUUGUUGCCACAUGAAGAGGACGUAAGCUUUAUCAAUGAGUAUGUGAACCUCCACAAUGAACUCCGAGGCAACGUCCGGCCCCAAGGGGCCAACUUGCGCUUCAUGACUUGGGAUGUAGCUUUGUCACGGACUGCUAGAGCAUGGGGGAAAAAAUGUGUGCUUGAACGUAAUACUCAUUUAGAAGAAAUAAAUAUGGCCCAUCCUAAAUUUAAUGGUAUUGGUGAAAAUAUAUGGGUCGGUCCUGAAAAUGAAUUUACUGCAAGUAUUGCUAUCAGAAGCUGGUAUGCAGAGGGGAAAAAGUACGAUUUUGAAAAUGACAGUUGCGCUGGUGACUGUUCUAAUUAUAUACAGCUUGUUUGGGACAAGUCUUACAAAGUUGGUUGUGCUGUUACUCCAUGUUCAAGAAUUGGACGUAUUAGAUAUGCAGCACUUUUCAUAUGCAACUAUGCACCAGGAGGAAAGCUGAGCAGAAGGCCUUACCAACCAGGAGUAGUUUGUUCUCAAUGUAGCAGAUAUGACAGAUGCACAGAUUUUCUAUGCAGCAAUGCAGAGCGUGACCAAGCCAUAUAUUAUCAUUUUUGGUAUCCAAGAUGGGAAGUGCCCCGGCCACUUGUGUGUGAUCCAAUCUGCAUAUUUACUUUCCUUUUAAGAAUACUAAGUUUUAUACUAUGUGUCACAAUUGUAUUGAUAAUACAGUCUCAUUUUCCAAAUAUAUUAUUGGAAGAACAGAUGAUCUUUACCCCCGAGGUAACGGAGAUAGAGGAAAAGGAAGAGAAAGAGGAAAAAGAAUCAGAGGAGGAUGAGGAUAAAGACGAAGAUAAGGACGAGGACAAGGAGGAGGACGAGGACGAGGACGAGGACGACGAUGAGGAUGAGGAUGAGGACGAG